GGCCGGCCGGAGAACCUGACAGCACACAGGCCAGGCAGUUGUACGGUUCACCUCCUCAACCGCGACUGACCGCGCGUGUAGUCGGCGAACGGGACGUCAACUGUCAUCGCUGCGGACCACCGCGAUCUCAGUCGGUAAACCAAAGGCGCGAUCCGUCACGAAGAAGAAUAAGAGAGAGAGACAGAGAUAGAGAGGGAGAGAGGGAGAAAAGGGACGACGCUGGAAAAGUAACCCAAAGUUAGCCACAGGUAGCUGUCGUGUCGAGGAUAUCAGAGUGCAGGCAGGUCAUGCGGAUAUCUCCGGUCGGAGAUCGAAACGCAGCACAGCGCUAGCUUUAAGUUUGUUUUUUUUCCUGGUGGGAACAAGAAGGCAGCGUCUCUCCUUUAGAGAUCCGGCGGCCGUGGGAAACGAGAGGGGGAAACCAUGUCCCGAAGAAAGCAGAGCAAACCCCGGCAGAUUAAGCGUGAAAAGCAUAUUGCAAAUUAUGCUGCAUGGAUGAGGGAAAGAGGAGUAAAGUUGCAGCAUCAGCAGUCUGAUUCUGGAUCCAUUGGGGAUCUAGACGGUGGCGAGGAAAACACAGCUGACGACAUCAGUCUGUCAGGAGAGGAGGGUGGCGCCUCGGACCCGGACGAUUCUGCCGAAUGUGACAGCUCCAGUCCACUGCUGUUCACACCGCUGUACAAUGAAGAGCACCGCACACAAGACCGCCAGGGCCCCCCUGAUGAUGAGGAUGAUGAACAUGAAGGGAAAGGUCUGACACACAGUGCGGGGGAGGAAGAAGAGGAGGGAGAAGAAGAAGAACAAGAAGAAAUGUUACGCUGGAGAGGUCCAGAUGAUUUGUACCUAAAUGAAGGAGGUAACGAUACCAGAGUGGUGGCUAGCAGGGACCUUCAGCCAGACACAAUGUGGGGCCCUUACCCAGGAGUCCUCCAGUCAGAAGACAGCACGGAUGACCUGGAAAUGGAGAGACCCAAACUAACUUUGGUUGGUAAAGAUGCAGACUGUUGGCUCAACCGAGUACCAUUGACCUCCGAUGCCAUCGCUGCCAACUGUACCAUCUACAGCCAAGGUGAGGAGCUGUUCUGUAAGGUGACCAGAGAGGUUGUGGCUGGGGAUAGCCUCCUGGCCUACCUAUCACCCCCCUCACACUCCUCUUCAUCGCCUCUGGCACAGCAUUCUCCUCCACUUGGCACUCAAAAUCCCAUUGUGAAGGAAGAGCCAGUGUACCCAGCAGCACUACACUCGGACAUUCAGCUGCUUCCACAGCAAGCCGGCAUGGCGGCCAUCUUAGCUACGGCUGUCGUUAACAAGGACAUCUUCCCUUGCAAGGACUGUGGGAUCUGGUACCGUAGUGAGAGGAACCUGCAGGCUCACCUCAUGUACUACUGUGCCAGCCGACAGAAACAGCCCACAGCAGCCUCAUCUCCGCCACAGGACAAGCCCAAAGAGACCUUCCCCAACGAGCGCAUCUGCCCCUUCCCCCAGUGCAACAAGAGCUGCCCCAGUGCCAGCUCAUUGGAGAUCCACAUGCGCACACACAGUGGUGAGCGUCCUUUUGUCUGUCUCAUCUGUCUGUCGGCAUUCACCACUAAAGCUAAUUGCGAGCGCCACCUGAAGGUCCAUACUGACAUGCUAAAUGGCGUGUGUCAUGGUUGUGGUUUCAUCUCCAAUACCAGGGAUAUUCUCUACAGCCACCUGGUCACCAGCCACAUGGUCUGCCAGCCUGGCUCCCGCAGUGAGGUCUACUCCCCUGGGCCAGGGCUGCCUAAACUGCCCCUGACAACAGGUCUUAGUCCAGGAGACUCUGGUGUGGUGCUCAAGUGUCAGGUGUGUGGCCACAACUCUGACUCUCCUGCCCAGCUCCAGCAGCAUGUACGCACCCAUCUUGAGGUCAGGGUCCCAGCUGAAAGGAGCCCCACUCCACGCCAAAGCGCUGCAUCCUGUGGCGACCACCAUCAGCCCCAGCCUUCACCUCAGGACAGGGAGCCUCCAGCCUGUGUACCUCGUCCAGACUCAUCCAGCCCAGGGGCAAAUGGUGGCUCAGCCACCCCGCGAGGCUGCAGUCCUCCUGAUGCUCCAGCCACGGACCUUAGGAUCAAAGAGGAACCCCGGUCAGACUCAGAGCCAGAGGAACAGGGGAUGGGGAUGGAGGAAGAGGAAAAAGAGAAUGGAACAGAUGGCGAUGAAGAGUCCAGAAAAAAGAAAGAUAAUGGGCAGAGUACUGCCACUACAUCCCAGAAUUCAGCCUCUCCCAAGAGUCCCUCUGCUGCAGUGGUAAAGGCGGAACCAACAAGUCCAACCCCGGGUUCAAGCCCUGCCCAUGUGGGCGGUGCAGGAUCUGUGUUAGGAGGGACAAUGUUUCUCCCCCAGUAUAUGUUUAGUCCAGAUGCAGCUAUCUUGCCUCAGGCCUCUGAGAUCCUGGCGAAGAUGUCUGAAAUGGUCCACAGCCGUUUGAAACAUGGGCAGGCUGUUCCUCAAACAACCCCAGCCACCUUCUACCCCCCUGGGGCUUCUGCAGCUACUGCAUCAGUCACUCCACCUAUUAAAGGGGCCACUUGUUUUGAGUGUGACAUCACCUUCAAUAACAUCAACAACUUUUAUGUGCAUAAGAGGCUGUACUGCUCCAGCAGGCACCAGGCAGAUGGUCCUGCUCCGCCUUCAGGCCCAGGGCUAGUAAGGGAUACAGCCCCUGCCACAGUGCCUUCCUGUGGGGCACAUGGCUCUUCAACGUCCCCUCAGGGUGCAACAACCAGCCGAGCAGCCUCUGCCUCGCCCACCGACUCAGAGCCUGCCGCGGGAAGUGGAGCCACAGAGAGCAGAAGGCUGGUGGAUGUGAAGACAGAAACUCCUAUGGCAAAAGAGGGAAUGUCCUCUUCCUCUGAAGGGGAGGGAGGAGGUGGAGGAAGCAUGAGUGGAGGAGGAGGUGGUGGGGGAAGGGCAAGUGAAGGCAGCCAGAGCCCUGCAAGUGCGUCAGCUGAGGACCCGGAAGAUGACCCCACUCGAACCUUCUGCGAGGCGUGCAACAUUCGUUUCAGCCGCCAUGAUAACUACAUUGUCCAUAAACGCUUCUACUGCGCCUCACGCCAUGACCCAUCCAAUCAGCGGGCCAACCAUCUCAACAAGGCCACUGCUACUGCAGCCUUCCAUCCCCAGCCCAUCCGCACACGCAAGAGGAAGAAGAUGUACGAGAUCCACAUGGCCAGAACUGAGGCCCUGGCUAAUGCUGCUGCUGCUGCUGCUGUUGCUGCCACUGCUGCCUCGGCCCCUUCCCCUUCUGCCCUUGGCCUGGCUGUGAAACGGGAGGUCUCCCCUGCUGCGGCCGGAAGCUCCAGCCCCGAGGGGGAUGGCCCAAUCGACCUGAGCAAGAGGCCCCGGUUCAAAGAGACCCCUCGUGGAAGCAGCAGCAGCCUUCUCCCCGCCCUGCCCCUCACUGACUACCACAAGUGCACCGCCUGCAGUAUCAGCUUCAACAGCAUUGAGAACUAUCUGGCUCAUAAGACCUACUACUGUCCAGCCACCACCCUCCAGCCCCACACAAUGGAGCAACUCCACAGGCUCAAAGGACGAGCCUCCGCAUCUCCCAAGAGUAGGCCUCAGCAGGAGCGCCCAGAUCUCCUUCACCCUGUGGAGGCUAAAGCAUCACCUGAUGAAUGGGUCAGCCAGGCCCAAGGUACCUCAUCUAGCCCUCACACCUCAUCCUUACCUGGCUGUGAUGCUACAUCACCCAACCAUAUCACCCCUACCACCACUUUCAUCGCCACCUCUGUACCUACCCCCGUAAACAGCGGCAAAAGCCUCAGUGGUGGUUCAGCCCCAGUGGUGUGCCCUUAUUGCCCUAACAGGGCUAUCACCUGUGACCUGGUGGAGCACUUCAAGACUGCCCAUGGUCUGGUGCUUACCCUGCAGCAGCCCCAGCCAGGUAGUGUGGUCAGCCCAUGCCCAAGUCUUAGCCCCAGGGACCCUACCCCCACCCCCACCUCCACCUCCACCUCCACAUCCACCAGUCCUACCAACCAGCUCAAAUUAGGUUCACAAGACAACGUCAAUGGGCAGGUGAAGAGAGAGCCAGUCUCCCCCUCUCCCCCACUGGUGAAUGGUAGCCCCUUGGGUGGGAGCGGGUCCCCUCCCACAAGCUCUCCCCUGGCUGUGUCUCCCACUAGGGCCCUGUCUCUGACUGUGUCACCUGUGCCUGAGGCUUUGAGGGAGACUAUGGGGGCUUCCCUCCUUCCUGACAAAACAGUCCUCGCCAUGGCUCCCCACCCUGCCCCAGUUCCUCCCCCGACCCCUAUGGCAGGCCCUAAGACCCCUCUAGUCUCUCCCAUCCAGAACGGUAACUCCCGCUACUGUCGGCUGUGCAACAUCAAGUUCAGCAGCCUCUCCACAUUCAUAGCUCAUAAGAAAUAUUACUGCUCCUCACACAGUGCUGAACACGUCAAGUGAGCUGAGGAAACGUUUUCUUCUUCUUUCCCUGAGCGGAGGUUUGCCUUCGGUCACUUCCAAGAUGCUCACACGUUCCUUCCUCUUCUGUCAAUCUCCUGUAUGUGUGCCCACAGUGGGGCGUGGUUGGCAUGACCAUGUAUGAAAUUGUGACUGUUACUCACCUGGCAGGGCUCUGAUGCCCACUGCCCCUGGGCAGAAUUUACAGGUGGUGUUACUAACAUACGGUAACUGAUAUUCAUCCUCCCCAUGGGUCAAAGUUAGUAUUACACUAAGAGCUGAGAUGGAUGUGCUAUGUACCUAGCAAGCUGUCUAACUAGCUACCUUGCAUUUUUACCUGUCUUACCUACCAACACAUGCUGUUGUGCCCUCAUCCCUGCAUCCAUUUGCUCUCACUCUCAUUUUCCCUGGUUCAAAUUCUUUACGUCCUGGCUUCACAGAAUGUUUUAAUAUGGGAUGUUGAAAGAGCUGUCUUGAACCCAUCUCUGUAUUACGUUCUAUCUCAAUUGUUAAUAAUGUCAGUAAUUUGAUUCUGACUGUUUGAGGCAUUUCUGGCUGGUAAUGAUAAUGACGAUGAUGAUUAUGAAUAAGUAGUCUUUUCCUGAGCUCCUCGAUACUCUUGACCUAAAUGGAGGAAUGAUUUCUCUGUGUGGAAAAGACUUGAUCAUGAUGUUAAUGUUUUUAUUAUCUGUGCAUAGUGUAUGUCUCAAAAAGAAUUCUAUAAUGCUUUUGGUUUCAACACUGGCUCUUUUUUGCUUACUAGAAAAGCUAAAGUGUUUUUAGCUGGAGACAAAUAUGUGGUAUCACAAUGUUACCAAUUACAGAAGGAUAAUAUUUCCAAAUGCACAGUUUUUUUUCUUUAAUAACCACACUUUUUUAUUUUCUCUGUUAAAAAAAAACAAGGGAGAAAAAAUGUGAAAUAUUUAUCUUUGAGUCUGUAUUGAUUUCAUGUCAACAGAAAACUACCUACCUAGUGUCUGAGAGUAUUUGUAUUUUUUAUUUGUAUAUUUUUCAUACUGUUCGAAGGAACUAUUUGGAUCUGGGUGUGUUGAAGUGUAUUUUGUAAGUGUAGAUAUGUAAUAUCGCUCGCAGUAAUCACUGGGAUCACACUGAACCUUUUUAUCGCAUUAGCAUUUUAUCUUUCUUUAAUGUAAUCUUUAAUUGAUGGUGAGUUUAGAAAGACAGCACUGUGUUUUAUUUUGAUCUUCUCUAGUACCUGUCUAAUUAGUGACACGAUAAAAUCGGAUCCAUCUCCUUGAACCCAUCUCGCCUGUUUUCCAGAUAGUAAAAAGGUUUGGUCAUCUUCUAAUACUGAUGCUUUCACACUGAGGCUGAAAAGGUGUGUCCACCCAGAUGUUAAGGCGUGCCAACACAAGGUUGGGAAAUGUAGAAUUAAUGUUUGUUUGUUUUUGUUUUG